GACUGGGCGCUCCCCCGCUGGGGGUAAAUAGCCUAACUCCCCUUUCUCUUUCUGCUCCGAUCAGUCCCACGCGCUGACCUGCAGAGACCGGGAACCGCAACCCAGACAGCCUGAGAGACCCGGGUCUGCCCUGGAGCGCGUCUCUGUCGCCCAGGACCCGGCGUUGGGUACGGGGGGCGAGGAACGGGGGCAGCCUGCCGGGCCUGGCUGUGAUUCUAGGGUGCCGGACCAGCGGAGAGAUGUUUAAAUACACCCCCCCAUGGCAGGUCCUCUGUGCCGCCCUGGAGCCCAGGGUGCAGGGACAGGAAAGUGUCCUUCAUGCAGACAGCCUUCUGGCCUUUGAGGAACCCAAGAUCAACCCCACAGCUGAAGAGCAGCUCAGAGUCCAGGAAAACAUUCCUGAGGAGUUGAAGGAGGAAUCGCCCCCAGAGAUGGACAGAGUCACCAGACACCUGAUCUUCCAUAUCCCUCACACGAGCCCCAAACACAGCCCCCACCAUGACAGCUGGUCUGCAGAGCUGAGCAGCCAGGAUGCUCCCUCCAGCCAUGGCAACCAGAAAGAUACAAAUGGCCACGACUGGAGACCCAGCUCUCCACCAGAAGCCAGAUCUGAAUUAGCAAGCCCCCUGGAGGCUGGAAGGGAUCUUUGGACUCCCCCUCCAGACAGAGAGUCCAAGCUGGGGCUCGUGAAGUCCGGGAUGUUGUACAACAUCAGGACUUAUAAAGAGGAGAGGAAGCCCAGCAAGCUGUACUCGGAUGACGAGGAAGAGCCGAGUUCCCCGCACAGCCGUGUGGCCAUCUCCCCCGAGAAAGCCAGAGAACUGGAAGAGGAAAGGAAAGCCGUCAUCCAAAGCCAGGUGGUAAGAAGAUGUUCCACCGGGGCUGAGAAGCAGAGCUCCGUAGACGAGCCGGAUUCUCUAAGCACGGGCUCAGCUGGUAGACACAAGGCGACUCCAGGAGGAGGCUACGUCACCAGCUUUGCCCUUUGCUUCAAUAGCCCUUCCCCGGCACACGCGAGGACGACGCCCGUCGACCCCGAGAACGUAGACAGGGAGCAGAUCAACUUUGCUGCUGCCCGGCAACAGUUCCUCCUGCUGGAAAAGACGAACCCGACCUCGCUCUUCAGCCCAAGGCAGCGAGUCAUGUCUCCAAAGCCAGAAUCGACUCAGCACAUCUCUGAGGGGGCGGGGAAGGUGUUUAUGCAUUAUGAGGAUGUCCCUAGCCAGAGAGAAAUCAACGGGUACGAUGUGGAGUAUAAGACACCCAGGAUGGAGGAGCUGCAUGCUCCCAAAAAGGCUGGGAUGGAAAGGGAAGAGCCCGAUGGGAGAACGGCCAGCUUGACCAAAACGUCUUCCAGAGAUGACCUGGACUCCGGCUUGGGCGAAAUGUCCAACGAGUUCAGCGCGGGCUACGUUAGCGACGGGAGCAUGUCCAAUGAGGUCUUCCUCGAUGCCAGCAGCCAGGAUCCUGGCAAGGAGACGCCCAUUGAACGGGAAAUCCGCUUGGCGAUGGAGAGGGAGGAAAGCCUACGGAAAGAGAGAGGGAUCCAGAGACUGACGAGCAGCAAUGAGCUGGUGGAAAUCCAGACCAAGCCCCUCCUCUCCACCUCUCUCUCUUCAUCUUCCUCCAGGAAAGUGAAAGACAAAGGCCGUGUUUCCUUCUACGUCCAGAGGGAGAUCGAGCAGGAAAUCAAGCGGGAGGAAGAUCUGAAGAAGGAAGGGAGGCUCCUGGGGACAUAUGACAAGGGGAUGCAGCAGGAACUGGGGGAGCGCAAGAAAGUCUUCGAGCAGGAAGAUGCCGCCGCAGCCCCACAAAAACCCGCGUUUGCAAAGAAAUCAGAGGCGCUAACAGGGACCUCGAACAGCAAAUUUGCCAUGGCUGGCAGCUUCGGCCCCAGGGACAGUCAGAGAAGCACAGCAGAUGAAUGGCCAUCUGCCAGCUGCAGCAAACUGGUGGAGGUGGAUUCCUCCAGGGCCAGGCAAGCCAGCUCCCCAGAGAGGGCAGAUUCCACUGCGUGUCCGGAGGAGAGGGUUGGGCUGCCCGAGGAAUACUUCACCACUCGGUUCUGGAAACCCAAGGUCUCCUUUGUGAGCGAGGAGGGGGCGCCGGGCCCGCUCGGAAAGGAAAAGGUGCUGGAGCCAGCGGGCCCCCAGGCGGACCAGUACACGCUGAAGAAGUGCAAGCCCCAGACCUCCUGGCUGAUCGAGGAGGAGAUCCGGAGCGACAUGCAGAGAGAACAGGAGCUGCAGGAGCAGCGGAGGGGCAGGCUGCUGACCGAUGACAGCUCUGCCCUGGAGAAAGGCUUCUGGUCUCAGCGCUCGUCUCAGAGCUCAGUCGCCUCAGGCAUUGCCGACAGCUACGAGGUGACUCAAUCGCCCGUCUUCGUUCCUGCCUCGCACCAGGCAGGGGUGGCGAGGGCAGCGUCUCCACCUAGCGUGCCCAGUCCCUACUGGGGCUACACAGGCAGACUGGCCUCUGAAUCCGCCCACGACGGUCCCACGCGGGCCCGGAGGGAUGAGAAGCCCAGGAAGCUGAAGGACGACAAGAGGUACGCCAGCAUUGAAGCAAUCGAUGACGUCAACGCGGAGACAGCCUCCAGCACCGGGGAACAUCAGAUCAGAAUCCAGCCCCCGGCCGAGACUCCUUUGCUGAGCCUGGGUCUCUGGACAGCUUCGGGAAGCCCUUAUCCAUACUGGAAUCCAACUCGAGAUUUUAGAAAGCACCCGAGUGACCCGCCACAAGAGUGCUAUGGCCGAACGCUGGGAGUCGGGACGGUUCUUCAAUAACGACGAUGCCUGAGGAACUCUAGCAGCCGAGGAACAACCAGUGGCCUUCCAGGCAUUGCUUUGUAUCUACAUUUACUCUGCUUUGGAUUCAAUCUUCGCCGAGUUCAACUCAGCCAGUCGUUUCGCCGCUUGAUGAUUGUAAGACUCAUGGACUUUUGAAAAUUGCAGGUGUUUAAAUCUUAAAAAAGCAGCUGUUUAAAAAGCAUAGCUCGUGCACCUACCUCCAUUUCCAUGAACCAAAGGAAUAUUGUUAAGGUGGAAAAAUGGAUCAUUUUAUUUAGGUCCCCUCUGCUUGUAGAUGGCUAGAUGAAAUGAAAUUAAAUGAAAUGCGGAUGAUAAUCUAACUCCAAGCUGUGUCCUUGUAGCUGGCAAAAGGAGUGAUUUCAAGAUGUCUUAGGGACUUAUCUCCAAUGCCAUUAGAACCUAUCUAGAAAGAGAGAUGUCUUUGGAUCGUCACAAGCAUUGAAAUGGAAAUUAGAGGAUCUAGACGUCAGCCAGUAUGAUCUGCGGAGAUGCAGUGGAAUAUAAUAUAUAGAUAUUUUUAAAGCUGUUGUUUAUUUUGCUAAUAAUUUAUUAAAGAGUCAUAUCCCCCUCAUUCUUUCCAGCCUGUCUUGUCUGCAGAGACGUUCUGGGGUUGCUGUGCUGGGGAUUUGAAAGUGUGCACGUGUUUAGGGAGAAUGGGGGAGAGGAGGGAACAAUAUGGGAAAGAGCCUUAAGACAGAAAUCAGUUUG